GUCCAAUCAAACAAGACUUCAAUUUUAAAUGAGAGCCGAUAGUUCCUUCUCCCUCUUACUAAAAACCACAACAUCAAAACAGACUCACCUCCUCACAAGUCUGAAUUAUUAGGACUCUUUUUUUAGUUAGUCGGUUGUUUUUGAGCUUCAUCUGCCUCUCGUCGACAGCUGUUUCAUGGGAACCCAGGAGGGAGAGAGAGAUUGGGUAGAUGUGGCAAAUCAUCUAUUCAGCAAGUGUCACAUCAACCUGAGGCUGAGGAAACUGACGGACUGUGAUGCCAAUGUUUUCAUUGCUCUGUAUGAGAACAUCUUGGGGGAGAAAGUUCCAGAUUAUAUUGCAGGACCACGCAGUCAAGAGGAUGACGUCCAUAACGUUCAGUCUGUGAUUGAUUCACUGUCCCUGGAUUACCUUCAGAUCAGCCUCUCACACAUUACUGGAGAAAAUGUUGUCAGAGGGGACAAGGAGUCUAUCAAGAACCUCCUGGAAAUCUUUGAUGGCCUCCUGGAAUAUCUCAACGAGGAGAUAAGUGAGGAGUCACAGAAUAGUGAGGAACUGAAUAACGGUCUUAGUGAGGAUGUGCUCGGUGAAACCAAGGAAUCAGCAAGCAGCGAUGUCACAAGGCACAAGGAGACUAAACUGGAGGGAGCUUCUUUGUCUUCUACUGGAGAGUCCACUGCCCAGUCCAGUAAACAUUCCCUCCAUUCCUUGAACACUGAGGACAUGGGAUCAACCAGUGAGUUCAUUGGGCUGGGAGUCUCCGCACGCACAUUUACAGGCAAACAAGAAGGACUGGCUGUCCCUCCCCAAACCUCAGACGCAAUCACCAGCUCUGGUCCUCUAGAUGCCCAGGAUGCUCCACUGACUGAACCUCUGCACUCAGCCGUGACUCUGCAGCCACCCAACCAGAGCAACACUCCCCACAGACCAGACACAGACCCACAAGCACCCAUCCAGCCCCCCACAGCUGCUGGGCUCAGCAAGGGGCACGCAGAAAAAGAAGCCAACUCUGUCACUACAGAGAUCCCUAAAACGGCAGCUGAGACCAUUGUUAGCAACGGACUACAGUCUCCUGCCCUUUGCCAGUCUCCUGCUGCGAGUGAGAAGUCUUUGUCCAGUCAACAAAGAGCCAGGACAGAUGUGGAGGGGGAGACACUAGAGCCAACUAAUGGAGGUCCCAGGAGGGUUUUAUUCCGCACCCAGCCAGAUGUGCUCUUCCUCACUCUGCAGGAUGAGAUGGGGUCCAUCACCCCUUCACCACCAGAUACUGAAGAAGAAGAGCGAGAUGAAGAGGACCCGAGUUAUACACGAAGAUUACAGGGCAGAAGAAUAGAUCACAGAGAAAGGACAUACCUUAGUAACAGGUUAGAGGAGGAUUUUGAGGAACCUCUGACUUACCGCAGACAAAGCAACAGGAAAGCAGAAGAGGAGCUGCACCAGAUAUCUGAAAAACUGUCACAUCGACUUGAAGAACUUGAUGAGAUGCUUAAACGAGUUCUGGGAGAAAGUGGAGAGUCCUGUGAGGCCAGAGAAGAGGACAAGCAGUCCCACCACAGCGACAGUAUCAUGGAGUGUCGCAAGACUCCAAGACAAACCACAGUUUCAGGAACACCUGAAGCUGAAUCCAUGCACCGCACUCGCUCCUUGUCACCUUCCCCUCCACGGGCCCGCCGCUCCCUGCAGGGACAGUUAGAAAACGCAGUGGCAGAGGCCCUGAGCCUGGAUGAUAGGAGACAGACAAACCUCACAGUUUCUGAUCAUUCAAGGCGAGGAGAGCUACGUCACACACUGUCUCACAGAAAACAUAGCAAGUAUCUGGAGAAUAAUGCCUAUGAGGAGGAGUUGAAAAGAUAUGAAGACAAACAACGGGCAGAUCUAGACAAGGCGCGUCUCAACGCCCAGGAAGCCGAGCGAGAGUACAGAGAGGCCAUACUAAAGGAUGUUUCACAAGGCCCCAGAGCGUCCCCAGCCAGGACAAAGGCCCAGCACAAGUCACAACGUAACACACAAACCACACCAGCACGGAGACGGCAGGAGGCUCCCAGGAAAACUCCAUCAAUGAAGGUGAAGGAGAAUGAACUCCUCCCUGUGCUCCUGGAGGAGUUGCCCCACCUUCACAUCUCUCCUCACGCUCUGGGCAGGAUGUGGGAGCAGCAGAUGCAGCAGGUGGACAGACUGCACACCCUGUCAUCCCCUCAUAGCCACCAGCGACGCAGCAAACUCUCCAGCCAGGUGGAGGAAGCCCAGAGGAAACAUGACCUGCUGGUGGAGAUCAUCCGCAAAGAACAGGACCACAACAGGCGUCUGAGGGAUUUCAAAGAGCGUAUCCAGCAGCAGAAGUCAACACAGAACAGACUGAAGGAACAGAGGCAGCAGAUAGCCCGAGCCAAGAAGUACCACAACGACUACCAUGUCCAACACCGUGCCCGUCUGAUGAGGGCACGCACCAAGGAGGAGAGGAUGUUUCGGCAGCUGUUUGAGGAGGGUUUGGAGCUACAAAAAGUCCGGAUGAGAGAACAGAAAGCCUUUGCCAGGGAGCAGCGACUGGAGCAUCAGAGACGACACCAGGACCAGAUCAAGUCUUUGGAGAACUACUACAAAGACCAGUUUUCACUACUGGCCGAAAAACUUGCACAAGAGCGGCAGGAUAUCCAGGUUCGCAAAAAGGCUCAAGAAAAGGCCCUGCUGAAGAUGAAGCGAGAGCUGCGUUCCAGGAUGGAGCGCGAGAUUGGCGAACUGCAGAAAAUCAUCAUCCAAAACGAUGAGGACGACUACUUCCAGGAUCUGGAGGUUCAGAGGCUGCGUAAUCGAGUCCAGAUGGCAUCUUUCCAGUACAACACUAGUUAUCUGCAUUGACCUGAGGAGCAGGGCUAUCUAAAGAGCCGCUAAAUGAAGGCUGGAUUUCUAUUAUACUUGCUGCAGGAGAGUCUGUUUCUGCCAUUCACAACUAAGGGUACGACUGACGGCUGAACAGUACUGUCUCCUCAGGCAUCUUCCUUCAUAGAUUUGCACAGGAGGAGGAAAUUCACAUUGUAAGAACUUAACACAAGUCCUGAUUUUUGAUUAAUGAUGAACUGAACACACUCCAAUAAAAUGUAGCUAUUAGCUAAUUUAGCUAACGCUUCCUCUCACCUCAGCUGCUAUACCUGAACUUAAAGACACCUUGGACCAAGUCCCCUUCUUCCAUGGUUUUAGUACUUGGUAACUAAGAAUGUUUUAAAGUGGCUCCCUCACUGUACAGUCUUUGUGUGCCGUUACUGUAGCGGAAAAGAGUAGAAAUGUUCUUCCUCUUGCCAAAUUGGGACCACCAGUGCAAAAAGUUAAGUAUGAAUGUCACACACUGACAAGAUUUUUAACUUCCUGUUAUAUGCGAUGUCUUCCUUUUAAUGUUUUAACCAUGCCAGCAGAUUAUUUAUUUUUUAACUUUAAUGUCAUUUGAUUUUUAAUGAACCUGGUGUGUGCUUUCUGUCACCGGGGGCGAUGAUAAUCAGUCUUUCAUGACUUCUCCUUUUCUUCAGUUCCAUUGCGAUUGUUCUUUACUCACAGCCAAAACUUACACGUGGUAGUUUUGGAUCAAAACACCAAGGGCUGCAAUGUUACAACACUGUCUACUCAUUAUUGUGUGACGUAUCUAAUUAGCACACGAAUGCCCUGUCAUCACCCAUUAAAUAUGUGGGCUCCCUCAUCUUCUCA